CACAGACUCACUCCUCAUACACGGCUCGACUCUCCCCAUCUCCCUCCCUCCCGUACUCGAGUAGUCACCCCUGCAGCAGAUUGCUAAGCAUGCCCAUCAGGCCGCCCGACGCAUUGGCGUCCUUGACGCCAAACACGUCCCCCUUGAUGACCUCCAGGUACCUCGCGAAUGAGGGGUCUCGCCUGAGCACCAGCUGGUACUUGGUCUGCACCAUCAGGAAGAAAUCCCAGUCGUUGAGCCGGCACGCCUCGGCAAGCAGAUAGGCAGCCUGGAGGGCCGGCGGGAGGCCGGGGUCAUCCAGGUCAGACCCGAUAAGUGAUUCGACGAAUGUAACUGCGGUGGGAAUGUCGUUCAUGGAGAGGACCAUGAGGGUGGUGCGGAGGGGGAAGAGCGGCGCCUCGCUGGGGUAGGCCUCGGGCUGCCACUCACGCACCAUCGCCGCCAGGUCACAGCCGUCCUUGCCAAACACCAAAUGAAGCUGCACGUACCGUACGUACGCGACACACAGCACAAUCGACUGAUUCUUGACCAGUCUCUCUCUGUGUCGGUGUGUGUUCGUGUUGCCGCCUACCUGAGCACUCCCGAAGUCCUUCUCUGCCCAGUAUGCCUUGCCGGCUGCCGUGUGUAGCAUCGGGUGGCCAUUCGGGUAGGGGCUCUCCGCCCCCUCCUGCCCCUCGAGUGGUGUUGUCGACGUCCACUUGAUGGCCUUGUUGAUGAAGCGGUACUUCUCCUUGGUCGAGUGGGGCGGGCAGGCCUGGAACAGGGCCACGAUCGUCUCUAAUCGCUCGGCGGUGACGCAGGGCAGCCUGUCGGCCUCCUCUUUCCAGAGGUCGAUGAGUGUGAUGGCCAGAUCUGCGGUCAGGCCGUACUGCUCCUUGGCGGCAAACUUGAGGGCGAAGUCGGCGCACAGCGAGGCCGCCUCGUCCCUCUUACCGCGGGCUGUGAGGCGGGAGAUGUAGCUGGUGAGCACCUGGUGCGCGUCGUAGAACUGGCCGCGAUUGAUGCGCUUGUCAAUGUUGGCUGCGGUUGUCAUGCUGCUUCGCUGGCUGAUUGGAUUGGAUUGGUGGCUAUCUUGAUGCAUUCAUUCGAAG